CCGUGGACUCCUUGUGUCUUUUGUAAGGUUCGUCGCAUGCUUUUCGCAAUUCGCAGUUUUCCGCGGCUUUUCACGCGUUGAUUUUCCCACCAGUGCCGGAUUUGUGCAAAAGUAGUGAUUUGUGGUAAUUCGAAUUGAUAAGUGCUUGAAUCGACCGGAAUCAACCAUAAUCAGUGUGCACCACAGGAUUUCUGACGGGCGUUCGUCGCAUCUCCUGAGAGAUAAUCAAAAUUACGGAUGACGUGUUGGAAAAUAUGAGAAAUUCUUAGGACUUACGGCUUCUUUAUCAGCUGCUCAAGUCACAUCUAGAAAAGAUGAUUCCACCGGACGUGAGAUGGAUAUUUCCUCUUCUUUCUCUCGCUAUCUCAUCAAUAAAUGCCAUUUGCCUAGACCCGAGGCCAACGAGGCUCUUACUAUGUUACCAAGAAACUGCAACCCCUGAACUGAACCCUUGCUCAUGCACCCACCUUGUUCACCACUUCACCGAUAUUAGGAGGAUAGAUCAUCAAUCUGGGUUCUUAAAAAGUGGACAAAAACACAAAGAAAAGAACCCUGACUUGAAACUGAUCGCGAGUAUAUCGGGGCUUGCUGACGACUUGCUGAAAGACAGGAACAUCACCGCCCGAAAGCUCGCCACAGCUUUGGACGAUGCUCAAGUGGACGGUGUUGAACUGAACAUCAACUGGAAUAACUCGCAAGUUCAAAAACAGCAUCUCAUCGAUUUUGUCAAGAAACUGAUUGACGAAUUUGAUGGGAAAACAUCGAACCGAGUCAAAAGAAACUUUGAUGUCACCAAGCAGCAAACUGAUGACGCUACGACUGUCAAAAGGAACUAUGAUGUCAUCGAGCACCAAACUGAUGACGUCACAACUGCCUCGUGGACUAAAUUAAUGAAGGAAAAAGAUUCAAAGGACUCAAAUAGUUCGCAGUCCAGAGUUACUCGAGAGAGCUCAGACCACGAGGAUGAAUAUUACGAUGACAAUGAAACAAAUUCAGCCGCCUCGGAGGAAGAGAAAGAUGACAAUAAAUCUGCUGAGGACACAAGAUUAGAUGAUUCCUUCACAAUUUUGGUUCGACUACCAAGCAGGCCACAAACUUUGGCUAAACGCUAUGAUCUCAAACAACUUAACAAGUAUGUAGAUUACUUUGUCCUGAACACACACAACAUUUCGGACCCCGCAGAGGCCAAUGUUACUCACCACCCAAGUCGACUUAUGGGUAUCAAUGAUGUACAAAAUGCUGAUUCAUUGAUAGACUUGGUGACUGGUCUCGGAGCAUCUCAAAACAAGAUCGUUAUUGCCGUCCCUAGCACUGCAACAAAAUUCACCUUGAAAAAUGCAACAAGCAACAUGCCACAAUCUCCAUCAGUUGGAACCCCUGAGAUUCUCACGCAGAAGCAACUAUGUCGUCUCAUGUCAAAUGGAACUUGGACCGUAGAGCGAGAUGAGGAUCUCACUGCUCCUUACGCUUACAAUAACGCAACCUGGGUUGCUUUCGACGACUCUACGAGUGCCUCAAUCAAAGGUAAAUAUGUACUGCUCCGUGAACUGGCUGGAGUAGCUGUGAUGAACAUCGAAGCUGAAGACUGGAGCAAUGAUUGCACGCAACCUGGGCCGACAGUCUUAUCUACACUCUACGACACAUUGACCAACAUCGGCCGAAAAACCAGGGCUGCGCAACUCUACAGCUUGCAAGAGCAGCUUCAUCAAGCAUCGCCAUUUGCCUUUGCAGCGGAUGUUCAAGUAUCUCCAUACCGCGUAGUGCGUGUUGUCGAUCGCGCUGGUGACAUCCAUGUUGUGCGGCGGCAGAUCAAAACCGAAUUCGAAUGUUCCCGACAAGGAUAUUUCACGCAUCCAAGCGGUUGCAACAGAUUUUACCGCUGUGUAAAGUUUAACCAAUACGUUGAGGACUACACCGUAUUUGAGUACGACUGUCCGGCCGGACUUGCAUUUGAUGAACGCUACGAAGUUUGCGUGUGGCCCGGGUCCUUACCCGAUGGAGGAGCUUGUCAAGGAUCCAGUGAAAUUGCUCCAGUCCCAAGGAGCAGAUACAUAUGCCCUGCGGUCGAGGGCUACUAUGCAGACCCAGAGAACUGUCGCUGGUUCUUCGCUUGCUUGGACCAUUCACGGGAUGGGUCUCCUUUGACUGCCUAUGAAUUCAGAUGUCCAUUCGGGCUUGUUUUCAACGAAGCUCAGUUGGUCUGCGACUGGCCCUGGAAUGUACAAGGAUGUGGUCAAUCUGGGUAUGCUGGUGCAAGAUUAACGGUAGGAGAUUUGUACGAGGGUCGCUUGCGUCCAUCCUAUGCAUCCGUUCCAGAUUACUAUGUUUCUGGUGGUCGCAUCCAAGGAGGAAACGCCGGAGUAGUUUUGGGGUCCAAUCUGGUUGGAAUUCCUGGUGUGGGUCAAUAUGAUGCUGCAGGAUUUGCUUACUCAGCAGGUGGAAAUUCCGGUAUUCAGUAUGAAGGUGGAAGCAGCAAUCAAUAUUCUGAAGCCUUAAAAAGUGGUCAGUACGGAAGUGGAGCACAAUUGUAUUCUGGAAGUGGUGCUCAGUAUUCAGCUGGUGGAGGCUCUCAGUACGCCGGUGUCAACGUGGGAGGCUACGGAUCAGGUGGUUUACUAUAUUCAUCACCUGGAAGCGCCCCGUAUGUUGGUGGGUAUGGGAAACUCUACGGUGCUAAUGGAGUAGGCGCGAAACAGUCUUUGUACAAUGCAGGAAACACAGUUCAAUACGUAGGAGGAAGCGUGGGUUUGUAUGCGUCAGAUUACGUUCAUGAUAACAGUGGCGCUUACAUUCAUGAUAAUAGUGGUGAUUAUGUUCAUGAUAAUAGUGGAGAUUACGUACACAACGAUAAGGGCUAUGUUCAUGAUGAGAACCGUUACGUUCACCAGGAAGGCAAAUACGGAAAUGGAGGUCAGUACAUUCAUCAGGAGGGCAAAUACGGAAACGGAGGUCAAUACGUGCACCAGGACGGUAAAUACGGAGACGGAGGUCAGUACAUUCAUCAAUAUUCUGCUGGUAGUGGCCAAAUUGGGGGUUCCGCUGCUGGAGUGUACUCUGGCGGUGUCGGGUCUAGCAGUGGUGCUUACAUCCACGAUAAUAGCGGAGCCUACGUCCAUGAUGAUAAAGGAUAUGUUCAUGAUGAUAAGGGAUACGUUCAUGAAAAAGAAUCUUAUGGAAGCGGAGGCCAGUACGUCGGUGAGAAAACUAGCGGAGCAUAUUCCGGUGGUGCAAGUUAUUAUGACGAUGGUUCCGAUGGGCAGUACGUCAAAAUAUCCGGAUCAAAAGGUCAAUACACAGGAAAUGCAGCUAACGUGUACAUUAAUGCACCGUUGGCUCCAGGUCAAUAUACAUCCGGAAAAGUUGGUUACACCGCAUACAGUUCAGGUUACAGUAAAGACGCGACUUAUCUAGGUGGCAAUGCUCAGUAUGCAAGUGGAAACAACGGCGCAUACGUGCAUGAUAAUAGCGGUGAAUAUAAACACGACUAUAGUGGGGACUAUGACCACAAUGCAGGUGGGAAAUAUUCAGAGCACGGUGAAAAUUAUCUUUACAGCACCGGCUAUUCAGGGCAGUUGAAUACCGCAAACGUACAGGGUGGCGAAGCUUACCAAAACUACGCACAGAAAGGGUACUAUGCAGGUUUUGCAAAGGGUACCCAACCGGCGGGUGCCAUUAAAAGUGCAUACAACUACAAGUUGCCUGUUGUCACGGUGACAACAGCAGCACCAGUUGCAAUCUCCUCUAUUCACCCAGCUGUUUCCACAGUGGCUGACUACGGUUCAUACCAUUCCGCUCAACCGGUGUCAUAUGUCACUCCAACACCCUACAAAGCUGAGUAUGUGUCCACUCCAGCACCUCCUGUAGCACAUUACAGCCCUGUUGUCUCCACUCCGGCACCUCCAGUUGUGCAUUAUAGUUCUGUGUCCACGCCAGCUCCUCCAGUUGCUCACUAUAGCCCAGUGGUAUCUGUCUCUACUCCUGCUCCCCCAGUUGCGCACUAUAGCCCAGUGGUCUCUUACUCUACCCCAGCUCCUCCAGUUGCCCACUACAGCCCAGUGGUAUCUGUCUCUACUCCAGCUCCUCCGACUGUAUAUCACACACCCUCGGUGUCCCCUGUUGUUCAGUACCACUUACCCUCAGUAUCGACAGCUGCCACACCAGCUACUUACCAUGAGAUUUCUUCCUUCUCAACGCCUGCUCCUCCGAUCGCGUACAAUAGUGGUGUUCACGUAACCACCCCAGCACCUCCAGUUGUUUAUAAAGCACCGACCACACCAGCGCCAUCUGCAAACAUAUUCUUCCAUGGUGGAUCAAUCUCUUCCACACCUAAAGUCUUACCAGUCUCUCCGAUCGUCACACCAGCUCCUCCAGUAGUCCACUAUAGUUCCUCGCCUGCUUACGAUGCAGAUUCGUAUGUCUACAAUAAAGCACCGGUAUCUGGCGUAGCUUACUACUCUACACCGAGUCCUCCUGUCGUAUACCAAAAGCCUGUUCAACCAGUAACGACAACUUACGUAGCCUCAACUCCUAAGCCAGUCACGUACUAUCAGAGCCCGGCUAUCACUCCAGCGCCAAUUUAUAAGAAGGUCACCGUGGUUCCGUCACCAGCACCCACAUACAUAUCCAACACAGCAGCAGCAUAUGAUUACGUUACCCCGACGCCACAGCCAGUAGUAUUUAAGUCACCUGCACCUGUGAAUUAUAACCCUUACCAUGUGGGUGUAACUUCCGUAACCUCAGUUCCGUAUGUUAGUAAUGUGACGCCUUGCAGUUUGAAGGAACAUGCAAAAUAUUCUGAGCACGUGCAUCUACCAAUUGUCUCUAUCACGCCAUCUGUAGAGUAUAAUCGACCAUCCUAUGAUAAUGGAUACUCAUAUCCAAAGCCAGCGAUUCCAUUUGUUCAUGAGCCAGCUGUUCCAGUGACAGCUAAACCGGUUCUGUACCAAUAUAAACAACCAGCUCCUGUAGUACCUGUAACUCCCGCGCCAGAGGUAGUUCACUAUCAGUCCAUCAUUCCCUCUCCUCCACCAGUCCGAUUCCAGUACAAGCAGCCAAUUGCUCCCGUUGUUCCUGUCACUCCCGCGCCUGAAGUUGUCCAUUACCAAUCAGUUACUCCCUCUCCCCCUCCUGUUCGUUAUGAAUACAAGCAACCAGUUGCCCCUGUAGUCCCUGUCACCCCUGCACCAGAAGUCGUCCACUACCAAUCAGUGACUCCUUCACCUCCUCCCAUCCGAUACGAGUACAAGCAACCAGUCGUUCCCGUGGUUCCCGUGACUCCUGCACCUGAAGUCGUUCACUAUCAGUCAGUUGCUCCCUCUCCUCCACCUGUUCGGUUCCAGUACAAGCAACCAGUCGCUCCUGUGAUUCCCGUCACUCCCGCACCGGAGGUGGUUCAUUACCAGCCCGUGAGACCAGCUCCACCACCAGUAAGAUUCGAAUACAAGCAACCAGUUGCCGUCACACCCGCUCCAGAGGUUAUCCAUUACCAAUCUGUGACCCCAUCCCCGCCUCCCGUGAGGUACGGAUAUAAGCAACCAGUUGCACCCAUCGUCCCGGUGACACCUGCCCCUGAGAUCAUUCAUUAUGAAUCUGUGACCCCAGCGCCCGCUCCAGCUAAGAUUGAAUACAAACAACCCGUAGUCCCAGUUGUUCCUUACUCUCCUCCGGUUGUUCACUACCAGCAACCGGCACCUCCUGCUCCUGCCAAAAUUGCAUAUUCAUACCAAGCUCCAGUUGUGCCAGUGAAACAGGUCACUGAAAUACCUGCAGUUCAUUAUCAUCCAGCACCAUCUCCGUCACCGCCGUCCAUCCAGUAUCAAUACUCUUACAAGCAACCAGUGGUCCCCGCUGUGCCAGUGACUCAAGAUUACAAGCCAGUUGUAACGGUAACGACACCCACACCAGUCACUUACACUACUACUUCUGUGCCAAUCACCCAAUACACUUAUCAGAAACCUGUGCAGCCAGUCGCACCUCUGGUUACGUACUCAGUCCCACGAAAACCAAGUUUCUCAUACACCACGGUUGCUCCAGUCACUCCUGUGAAACAAGUAUUCUAUCAAGAGCCGGUUACUACCUUGGCGCCAAUUUAUAAACAGCAACCUGUUAAUGCCUACGCAUACGGUAAGCAAACUGACAAUUUGUACUACAGCCACCAAGAAACCUAUACAUCGAAACCUGAAGUGAAGCAGCAAUACUAUCAAAGUCCACCCGUUUUCAGUUACACUUACAAAGCUCCUAGUAAGCCAGCAUCUCCAGUGAGUGGUUACUAUGUACAACAAGGUAUCGCUGCCCAAGCGUAUGCGCCUGUCGCGUACAAUUACGAAAAAGUUGAGGUACCAAAAUUAAAACCAAUCGUUGUCGCACCGUACACACCUGCACCAACAUUUGUCAGCGUCACAACUCCCAAGUGCGAGUCUCCUGCUGUUCAUGUGACGUCAUCACCGAUUGCAUACUACUCACCGACCACAACGUCAGCACCUCUGUCGACUGCGUCCGUUGAUUACGGCACGUAUAAUCAGAAGGUUAACUACGGAACGAAAACAGCGUCAAAGGUGCAGUACACGGAAGAAAAACUACCAGAACAGUACUUGGUAGAAGUAACACCCCAGACCGAAACUCAAUUUGAGACUGUCGGUGACGUUAACCGUGGAUACAAAGCUACCGUUCAUACCGGAAGCAACAUAUAUUACAAAUCCGGUUCCGGUUAUUCUGACGAAAAAGCUUUUGAAAACUUCGAAGCCGACAACUAUCCAUCCGGCUAUACUUCCACUACGGAGAGACCGACCGUGAAGCAAGUCUACUAUUCACCUAAAGUAAAAAUACCAGUCGUCACAACGACUUCAACUGAAGCAUAUGUUCCGGUUCAAUACAGCACUGAAUCCGAUGACAAAGAGGACGAGUUGGAUAUCUCCAACGAGGACAAUGACGACCAUUUGGUCUCGCAAUACGAUUCACAAUUCGGAAGCAAAUCGACGGAAUACACGACUGCCGUCAGCUCAACGGCUAAUCUGCGAGAGGGUGAUACUAUCGUCGGUGUUGUGAAAGAUGGCCGCAGUCGCUUCACAGGACAGAAGAAGAAGAAGGUCGUUGUCGUAUCGAGAUUGAGUGACUUCAACCCACUCCUUGUGAACAAACUUGGUGCUCAGUGCGACUGCACUCGCGUCGUAAGGAAAAGGCGCCCGCGACCAAAAGCCUCAACACAGGCAUUGUUCGAACCGGUUCAAACUACAACCGUGUCCUACGAGCCGAGCUACUCACCCAGCUACGUUCAAUCAGAAUCCGAAGCUCCUGAAGCCCCAGUGGUUGAAAUCAGGCCGAUAAUCCGUCGCAGAAAGAUCCAUAGGUCGACCACCACGACGGAAGCUUACUCCAACGACGUAGAGAACGAUGAAACGACCAGGAGAGUCGUAGCUAGCAAGCAAAGAGUAGUUUUGAGAAACAAACCGGUUUAUUCUGCACCACCGAGCGAGGAGCAGGAGUACAACAAUGACCCGACGAACGCUAAGGAGAGUGAGGAUCUGAUGAACGGCCGCGUGGAGUGUAAGAGAGCCGGUCUGUUUAGGCACCCCAAGUACUGUAACAAGUUCUACUCUUGUGAUUGGGACAAAUGGAAGAAGAAGUUUACGCUCAACGUCAUGAGCUGUCCCAUCCAUCUCGCGUACGACACCCAGCUCGGCGCCUGUAAUUGGCCCUCAAAGGGACCCGCUUGCUCAGAUGACAACCUAUUGGUAUAAACGUACAACGAACCAUCAGCACAACUAAAGGCAAA